AUGACCCGUUGUGGUCACAAAGCAAAUAAACCGAGUCAUUCUGCUCGAUGGCCAUUGCGCCAAAUGAAAAGUGACAAAAGUCAAAUGGUUACCGGGCUGAUAAGUGGUGAUUGUAGUUCACAAGAUCAUGAUAAGGCUUUGACAAGUUAUUCUUCUGAGAAAAUUGAAAAUCAUAGUGUAACUAUUUCUGAAAAUGUUGAAGUUCGUAAGAAAAGAGUGAAUUGUCAGAGGAAAAGGGACAGGGAACCAUCUCGCGUUCCUGUUAAAAUAAUUCUAAAGGCACUAAGUAAUACGAAGUCUAGGAAUAGAAUCAAGUCUUUUGUAAGACAACAUCUUCCAGACAGUUCUUUUAUCACUAAUUUAUGUAGAAAUUACAACACCUGGAAAUUCUGGUAUACCAAUGAUCAUUAUUAUAGUAAAUUUGUUUUUUACAUGAACAUACAGAAAAGAAAAUUUACAACAACAGAUAACUAUUCUACAUGUAACUGUAGACAAACACAUAUCCGUGUGGCAGAUUUAAUGAAUUCUGGUGGAAAAAGCUUUCCUCAAACUCAUAUUGAUAAUUCAAAAUUAAAUGGAGGUAUGUCUCCUGAGAAUGCUGUUAGUCAUGAUUUACCAUGGGAUUGUUUAACUGAAAGGCUUCGUCUCAUAGGACUUAUACCACAUGAUGUAGGUGGAUUUGGGGAUUGUUUCUUUAAAUCAGUUUCGCACCAACUGUAUAGGACUGCUGACUUGCAUCUUGAAAUUCGUAUGGCUGGAAUUGGCCAUUUACAGAGUUACCCAGAAUUGUAUAUUGAAAGCAUUUCUAACGAUCACUGGAAUAACUAUAUUCAACAAAUGUCAAAACAAGGCACAUGGUGUGAUAACAUCAUAAUGCAAGCUGUGGCCAAUGGGCAAUUCCAGAAAAUAUCCAUACCCAACCACGGACGGCUUCCAUGUUUUAACCCCCCCUUGCCUUCGGAAAUUCCAAAAUGCGCUACCCCCCCAUGCCCUCAGAAUUCCAUAGUCGUGAACCCCCCCUCCCCUUCAGAAUUUCCGGUUUUUUUUGGAAGUACAUUUUCGACUUAGCAACGCCUGUAAGAACAAACGAACAUGAAUUUAUGCCUCCUCAAGGCUGUGAUCUAGCAGCACCAGGUGACAAGCUGUACUCUUCAGUGACAAGAAAAACCUACGCUAGUUGCCAGGCCGUGCAAACUCCUUUUUAAGUCCGAAUUUGGCUAUAAAAAUAAACACCACUUAAGGUAAUUUUACUCCUCUUUGUUUUCUUGUGCUGUUUUGACGUUUACAAAGGAAAAUAGCUCAAACAGACUGUUAAAAUCUUUUGGCGGUCAAAUAUACCGUCGAGUCGUGUUGCGUCCUUUUAUACGUCAUGUAGUGCGCACGAAAAGCGUUCUAAUCUGAAAGGCGUUCCUUGGAAGUGAGGGACUGGUGCGAGUUUUUUACUGUUUAUCGGACGGUUUCGGACGGGAGUAACAAGAAAUUUGCAAGCGGUAUUAAAAGAUACAUUUUCAGUUUUUAUUCACGUGACAAGAAAUUCAUCAAGGUAAAUGUGAAACCAACGUUUUACUGUUCACUUCUAUAAGUUAUGAGCGUAAACACGUGUCUGAUCUAUCGAUGCUUGUCUUCUGCUUCCGCGGUCAUACGUUCGUGGUUUAUUUACGAACUACAAAAGUCCACAACAAUAGCGUUUUCCAGGAACUUACUCUACACUUUCUACUCCAGAAAUCCCACCUGUGGAAUUCCCCCAUACCUUCGGAUUUCAAUUCGUAAAUACCCCCCCAUGCCUUCAGAAUUCCAUAAUCGUGAAUCCCCCCUCCCCUUCGGAAAUCCUUAAAGCCGUCCGUGGUAUGGUAUGGAUAUUUUCUGGAAUCGCCCAAUGCAUACAACUGUGUCAUUCAUAUCACACAGUCUAAUAUAAAUUCACCUGAAAGUACAAUCUUAACUCCUGUUGCUGAUCAGGAUGGACGAAAGACAAUAUUUAUUGGAUAUAUUAACGAGUUGCAUUAUGUUUCAACAUUGACUGACAAAAACAGUAGAUAUAAAAACAAACUCACAUGCAUAAAGAGAAAAUUAUCAGAAACCAAUGAAAACAGACAUGGUAGACUUCUUAAGCACAGAAAUUACAUGAAAAGAGUCAAAUAUACAGAAACAGCUAAUGAAAGGGCAAGCAGACUUGAAGAUACGAGAGGCACUUAUAGAAAAACAAUGUCUGAAGAAACUGCUGAAAAGCGAAAAGAGAGACUUAAAAAUAAGAGAGACACUUAUAGAAAAAGAGUGUCUGAAGAAACUGUUGAAAAGCAAAAAGAGAGACUAAAAAGUUACAAAGACUCUUAUAGAAAAAGAACGUCUGAAGAAACUGUUGAAAAGCGAAAAGAGAGACUUGCAAAUAGGAGAGCCAGUUAUAAAAGGUCUCAAACAAUUUCUGCAGGACAAAAAGAGAGCUCUGCUGGUCCAGUUCACGAACAAAAACAAGCACAAAAUAACAUGAACGAUUUUCAUAAGUCCAAUCAGUAUUCAGUUUGCCAAUGCACUGUCUGUUUUGAAGCAUGGCCAUUGAAAUCCAGUCCAAGGAAGGUUGAUCACUACCAGUGUCAGAGGUGCAUACGAGAUAAACAACAACCAAAAAAGUUUUCUAAGGAAAAUGACAUGGUGCCAUCAUUAGUACCUUUACAACUGCAGGGGUUAACCCAAGUAGAAGAAAUGCUUAUUGCACGUGCACUUCCUGUUAUGCGAGUUUACAUAAAACCUGGUGGACAAAGGGGCUAUUCAGGCCACUGUAUCAAUUUGCCUCAGGAUAUAGCUGAACUAGCACAUUCUCUGCCUAGAUACCCAAAAGAUCUAUCUGUUAUUGUUGUUAAGAUGAAAGGUAAAGAGAACAGUUUUAAAGAUGUGACAGUGCGAAGGCAAAAUGUAGCUGAUGCACUACAAUGGCUUGUUAAUAAUAACUCACACUACAAGGACAUAACCAUCAAUCAAAAUUCUUUAAAUUCUUUACCAGAACAUGGUGUUCCACAUGGUCUUCUCUCGGUUGAAACAGAGAAUAUAGAUUUGGAUGCCACAUGUGAACCUGACUUAGGUCCUCAAAAUGAAGAUGACAUUGUUUAUAAUGAGGGUACUGAAAUGAGUAGUUUUCUGCCUAUUCCAGAGUGUCAGCAGCAAGAAAUAGAAGCUGUGCGCCAACAAUUGUCUAAUGAUUCUAAUCACUUGCCCUGGCCAACAGUUGGCAGUGAACCAUUAAACGAGUAUGUAACUCCCUUUAUAGCAACAAUGGCUUUCCCAACAUUAUUUCCAGAUGGUAAGGGUGAUCCUACUAACCCAUCAUUACGCCGAGAUAUACCACUCGGAGAAAGAGUAAAGCACCUUUCAAAGUUUGGAGAAAACAAGAAUGACAAAUGGGUAUAUCGCUUUGCUACUCACCCCAGAUUUGGUUACUGGGCAUUGAAUAUGAUACAAAGAAAACGUAUUCUGCAACAGACAGGCAUGUUCCUAAAACAAAACCCAGGAGAAGCUCAUUUGACUGCUGAAGAGCUGCGGCAAAUGGCAACUAGCAAUAACACAAGUAUGUUUAUAUCUAAGAUAUCACGCUAUCUUAGUAACAUUACUGGUUCUAAUGCUUAUUGGCACAAAGCUAAAGAAGAUUUAAAAGCAAUAAUAGCCCAUGCUGGAGCUCCAACAUUCUUUUUUCACAUUCUCCUCUGCUGA